CCCGUACAACUGUUAGUGUGUUCCCAUGAGCUUUAUCGUUCGGUCAAAAAUAACAAACACACAAAUGGUAUUAUUCCUCGCGUUUGGUUAGUAUAUGACAGUAUAUGGUUUUCGACAAAAUAAUUUUAAAUUAAAUUAGUGUACAAGAAAUACCACGAGACGUUAAAAACUGUGAUACGCGGGUGUUAAGCAAACUGUGAUUAAAUUUUUGUUCAGCUAAAUUGUCCAAAAAUGGGACAAGUCACAAUAAUUUUAGCAGCAUUUGUAGUGACAGGUUUAUGUCAAACUCAAACAAAUGUUGAUUCAUCAGUUUCACAUGGAUUUAUGCCAAUCAACAACAAUCAACCAUCAACAGUUGCUGUAGUUGCACCAGAAACUUCGUCGGUUCAAAGUAGGGAUUACUCAGGUGGUUCCGAUUUCUAUGGUUAUAAUGGUUAUCCAGCUAGUUAUGGACCACCAAGUUCAAGUUAUGGAUCAUCGGGAUCUGGAGUUUCAUUCGAACCAUCUUCGCCAGGUGAAUCUAGUUCCUAUUCUGGUUCUAGUUACAGUGUUCCGUACUAUCCAUCGUAUGGAGAAGACACGAAAAAACGCAAGCCAAGUUAUGCUGCACCAUAUUAUCCACCUACAACAGUUGCUUGUCCAAGUCCACUUACCAAUAAUAUUUUAACUGAUAUUUUGAAGACCGGAAGUACUGCGAAAUUUGGCCUUAUCAAAUCAGUCAUUGCUGCUAUUGUUACAUUGUUCCUCGCAAAGAUUCCCAUACUUUUAGCAGUUAAAGCUUUAAUUCUAAAACUUUUCGUGGCACCCAUAGCUAUUGUUGUACUGUCAUUACCCAUACUCGUCCCCGCGGCUCUCUUAUUUCAACCAUUAUGGAAAAGAUGGAAGGAAUUCGUGGGCCUUGACUCUAAGCCGCAGAUGGUUAUGAUGAUGCCUUCAAAUGACACUAAUUCAACAACGACCCCAGCCAAAACAAGAGCACUGGAAAACAAUUUGGAGAGUGUAUUAAGCAACUUACUUGAGUCAGAGAAGUGUAUGGAAAGACUUGCGUGUCAGUUGGGAGUUCGUGAUUCAAAAGCAGAAUUCAAACAGCAAGUUUCGUGGGUAUUGAAGUUUUUGCAAUCACUCCGAGUAGUUCAGAAUAAUCCACAGAUCAGGGAUAAACUAAAACAGUAUCGAGAAGCAUAUAUAUACGGAAUAGAAUCGGGUCAAGGCAUAGGAGAUGAAGAAAAUAUGGUGAACUCUGUUUGUUCAGAAGUACGUUACCCAUGUAGGAGUACUCAAAGGUCUUUGCAAAGAAGUACUAGAAUGCUUGUAGAUUUUGCUGGAUAUUGAUCCACUCACAAUAAUAUUACAAUCCUAACUAUUUGUAAAUAAUGCUAUAUUUAUUAUUUAUUUAUUCGAAGCUAGUGUUUUUUAAAGCACAAAAUUUUGUAUUAAUAUGUUGAUAUUUGCUACUCAAUAAUAUUAAAUGAACAAUCAAAAUAUUUAUUAUUCAUUAUUUAUACAAUUGAUAUAAAUUACAAAAUUAAAUGUUGAUCUAUUUGAUCUUA